AUGGAAGUCAUUGCGUCCACACACAGUGUUGCCAGCACUUUCCUCCCAGCAUCAGCAAGCCAGAGUCAGGCAAGCCAGAGCCAGGCAAGCCAGAGCCAACUAACUAUAAGCAGAGACUAUAAGGCAGCAGUUCCCGGGAAAGAUGCCAGUCCCUGUAGUAAGCUGCAUUGCAAAUGCAGAGGUAGGUGUAGGUCUGUUAGAUAGCACAGGCAGCAAAGACACAGUACACCAUCACUUUGUUUAUUCAAUUAACUUAAUAAUAAUAACAAUAAUAAUAAUUAUUAUUAUUAUUAUUUACGAGCAUUUACGAGCCGGUCCAGCCGCUCGUUGAUCCCCGCGAUCCCCCUGAUGAUUUCUUCCUGCGAUUGCAGGACCGCCUCUGUGAGGGCCCUUCCACUGCGUCCGGGUGGCCCAGCCGAAGCGCCGCGGCUGGUGGACGCUCCACCGCUUGUCAGCGCGCUGGUGCUGAUGCUGGUGCUGGUGCUGGUGCUGGGGCCGGGGUGGCCCGAAUGCCGCUGGUCCUGGCCGACGACUCCGAGCCGGCGGACGGGCUGCCGCGGGCCGGGGUUCCGCAACCCGUGACACGGCCGACACAUUGAUUUCUGUGACACAAUAAAAAUAUUAGUUCAUUUCAAUUCCUGCUUCUGUGUAUCUGUUGCGUUUACAUCUCUCUCCACGGUAUCAUAGGUAAUGUAAUCCAGUAUUUAGAGGUCAGUUAUGCACAUUACAGUUGUUUAUUGCAUAAAAAGUUAUCGAAAAAUGAAGUUAAGGGCGAAGUAUAAAUCACGUUUAAAAACAGACUGAAUCCCAACGUCGAAAUGAAGUAUAAACUUAGACUAGACGUCUAAUAUACGUCUUUUGCUCAGUGGGAUGGCAAAGCAUGUGGACAUUUGUGUGACACGCCACCCUCCCUAUAAUAAUAAUCGCCACCACCCGCUGCUCAAACGGCGUGAGGGUCUCCUCCCUCGGACCCCACCUGUCUGGCCGGUACUCCUCCGGAGGGCAGCUGUACGCCGCUUGACCGCCACCUUGAGGUCUGACCACUUUUUUUUAAUCUCCGCGGGGGUGAGUGUCUCGGAACCCACCGCGUUCACCCUCUCGCAAACUUUCUCCCACUCCAAGCAUUUUCGUUUUGCACUGACGCCACUGGACAGGCUGCCAAACACGCUGUCGCUCCUCCACCUCCGCCACCAGCACCUCCACCUUGCAGGGCGUAAAUUUCGUUUUUCUUGUCAUUUUGUCUGCGUGCGAGGACAGGGAGACCCUAUUUAAAUAAAUCUGCAUAUUUAUAGGAGGGCAUAACGGGGGCGAGCCCAGUCACUCCGACAUCUUUGCUCAAUUCCAAGCUGAUUGGGAUUUAUCAAGGAAACACACGUGGAUUUCGGCGCCCGCACACAUUGAUACAGAUUUUUUUCAGCGUGACGGACCUUGGGUGCGCUCGUUUCUGGUAUGAGUCCCACACAAGUAUUGAUACAUGAGGCCCCAGGAUUCACCAACAUUGUCCAAACCUGCUGGAUGUUGACGGAGACUCCUGUCACCACAUACACAACGCCGCAAAGAAAUUUUCCGAGGCCUUUGAUGGGUAUUUGGAGAGGCUAUUCAGUGACCUCCAGGUUGACCACCAGUGGAGUCCGGACCAGGUAAAUAAAAUGCAAGCACAUUUGACACGUUAGUACUUCACCAUCCUCUUACAUUCCACCAAUGUCAAUGUAUGAGCCAUUUUUGGUAUUAUGGUGAUUUGUGUUUGGAUUUGUAUUUUGGUAUUAUGACACCUGCUGGUGAAAGUCUGUAUUGCAUGUUAAAGUUGUUUAAUCUCGCUGAUGGGCCACCCAGCCUAAAUGUCACAGGUGAGCAAUCUGUCUUGGUGAAACAUGAAACAUUUAAACAUUGUGGCUUUGGAAAGUCUAGACCAUGGCUGCAGACCUGACUGUACUGCAUUAUGUAUGUGUGUGUGUGUGUGUGUGUGUGUGUGUGUGUGUGUGUGUGUGUGUGUGUGUGUGCGUGUGUGUGUCAUUUCGUUUUCUAUCUUGUGUCAGGUGAUGUACCUAAAGAAGGUAGCUAUGAUAUUAAAUCUCCCCGCCUCCAGCCCACAGAGGGGCUUUGUUAAUCAUCACUGGCUCUCUGCCUAUGACACUAGCAUGGCAACCCAUGCCAUGAUGCCAGCAUUCCGAGUAUACGGAUCAGGAGGAUUAUGUCUUUUGUUGUUCACUUACAUUUGUCUUUCACAGGCGUGACUCCUCAAGGCCGUGAAAGGAAGAAGAGCAUUUGUCAGAAAUUGUGGCAUGAGGAGACGACAAUGGUUCUACAGCUGAGCCUCUACAUGGGUGUGCUGGCUAUAUUAAAAGACUACGUCAUGGUUUUCCAGGUCUGUGCUAGUUGUGCUUGGAAAUAUUACAUCUUUACUGCAACUGUAUGCACAUUCAAUGUUAAAUUGGUCCAUUUCCUAAGAAUUUGUUUCCAUGCACAGGGCAGCCAGACAUUGGUCCAUAAGCUUCAUGAUCGACAGUUCAAGCUUUUCCUGGCCUACUUGGCUUGCUUUGUGAAGGCAGAACAAAUUACUUAGGUAAUUUCUCUGCCUUAGGCUUUCUCUGCCUAGCUUAGUUAAUUGGUUUUAUUCUUAUUAUACUUUGGUUUCCCAUGCCAUCUGUUGAAUGUUUCAUUUUUUUGUUAAGCAACCUUUUUUAAAAAUUAUUACUUCCAUUAAAUAAUUCCCAUAUACAUCUAUCUCCUAGGGCUCUAAGAGAGCUGGUCCUGGAGGAUCACAUGCUGCUGCCCUAAAAGGAAGUAUAUGUGGGACAGGAGGCUGACAUGUUCAGGAGCCAGAAUCCCAAACAUGCUGUAAGCACCGUGCAUCACCUGCAUGACUUUCUAAAUUGUUUUUGAGACUUAAAUAAUGCUACAUUUGUUCCAAGUCAGAGGCAUACUCAGUCCCUUCAGAGAAUAAACAAAAAACUUUUGGCUGAGUUCUCUUUGGUCCAAGGUUAUGUUAUCCAAGGUUAGGUGAAAAUAACUUUUUGCGUGGACAAUUUUAAAGCCCUUUUUGGACAUUUCAAUAUCAAUAAUUUUUGACUUCAUGGAGUGCCUUGGUCAAGAACAGUUAUUCUUUUCACCUAACCUUUCUUAAAAUAAUGUUCUUUGUUGGUUUUUCUGUCAGUUGUUGGUGCCAUUCCUAGCUAGCGUCAGAAAAGCUUACAUCACCACUGCAGUCCAAAAGAAACUCCCCCUGGACAGUCCAACUCUAAUAGCCCUCUCUGCACUGGACCCUCUCCUGCAAGGUCACUCACAGGCAAUCAGUCAGUUAAAGAGGUAAGAUAAAAAAAUACUUUUUUGCUUUGGGAUUUUGCUUACUCCUGUCCUUGAUUUUAAGCUCAUAUCUAUUUCUUGGCAGGCUGAGUGCUAUGCUGAGUCACCUCUUGCUAGAAGACCAGGAUCUUCCAAGGGAACUGGUUCAAUUCAGUGUUGAUCAGAUCCUCCCCAGGUACAAGGAGGGAGAUGGGAUAGUGGAGUGGUGGGGUCAUGUCUUUGACAAGCCUGGUAAGUACCCCGUCCUCAGUGCAUUGGCCAAAUGUGGCUUUUCUAUCUUCCACGGACCAAGAGUGGAAUCCUCCUUCAGCCUGAUGAACGAGGUCAUUGACCAGCAUAGUGGCAACAUGAACGUGGAGACCUUCAACGCCAUCAGGACGGUGAAGUAUACCCUGCGGUCCAAAGGGCAGACGGCCAUGCAGAUGUUCCAGCGGAGCGACGUGAAAUUUUGGGAGGUGGACAGAAUCAUGUGCCAAAAUAUAAAUAAUGCAGCAGCCAAAUACAAACAGAAACUGAAGGCAAAAGCAACAGAGAGACAGCUGCAGCACAGAAAAUAUGGAUGUCAAGAAACUGGGAGUGCUCAGCAGGCAAGGCUGAGGCAUGUGGCCACUCAGCGUGGGCCAUGGAGACUCUGGCGGGCCAGGCAAAAAGAAAAAAGAAAAAGUGAUCAAUUGGACUUGGUAUUGGAUCUAUUGGAAUUGCAUGUAUUGUUCUCCAGUCUGGCAGGGCAUACACUGAUCUAA